AUGGAAAAAUCUGACGGAGCAGCAGGAUUCAUCUUUUUAUGCAGACAUUUGAAAGAAAGCAGAAGGAUUGGUUCUGCAUGCCCCUCGCGAAUCAUAUCUACCUUAUAUGAUGAUGGUCACGUGGUUGUAGACUAUUGGAAAACUCAUGUAGGACAUGAGAAACUGGCGAAAUAUGUCCCAAUAGACAAAAAUUUGCUGAAGGACAUCAGAGAAAAAAUUAUAGCUGGGGUUAACGACGAUGUGAUUAUCGGCACAAUACGUGAAGCUUGUUAUCGUAAAACAUUACCUGAGAGAGCUUCAUUAAUAUCUAAGAAAGAUUUGUGGAAUAUUAAAAAAAAGGUUAUACCAUCAUAUACUCCUAAAUGUAAAGAUGAUACAGUAAGUGUGCGAAUGUGGUUAGAGGAGAUGAGAUCUGAUAAUCGAUUCAUUAUUGUUUUUCAUAAAGAAGUUGGACCUGGCACUGCUAAGUACGGUCUUCAAGAUGAAGAUUAUAUCUUAAUAAUCAUGACAAAAAUGCAAUGUAGAAUGUUGAAGAAGUUUGGUACUGACAGGGUUUGUAUUGAUGGUACCCAUGGGACAAAUGGCUAUGGGUAUCUGCUACAAACACUGCUUGUGGUUGAUGAAUUUGGAAGUGGCAUACCAGUCGCAUUUUGUUUUUCAAAUAGGCAAGAUGAGUUUAUGUGUAAAAUAUUUUUCGAAGAAAUUUAUAAGGUGGUAGGUAUACUUAAAACAAAGGUAUUCAUGACAGAUGACGCUCCAGCUUAUUUUAAUGCGUGGUCAUCUGUCAUGGGUGUGCCACAGCACAAACUUUUAUGCUCCUGGCAUGUGUCCAGGAGCUGGAAAAGAUCAGUAUCAAAUAAGAUUUUAAAUAGAGAAAAGCGUGAAGUCAUUUACCAGAAAUUAAUAGAAUUAAAAAUGAUUUUAGAUGAGGAUGAUUUUUGGAGCAAUUUAAAUUCUUAUUUGAAUGAGCUUGAGAAAGAUGAUGAUGCGAAAUUAUUUGUUAAAUAUUUUAAGAAAUUUUAUUACAGCCGAGCAACUACUUGGGCAUACUGCUAUCGCAAAGGUUUAGGAAUAAAUACCAACAUGUUUUUAGAAAGUUUCCAUAACCAAAUGAAAACUCGAGUUUUGGGAAGAAAAUGUACUAGGAGGAUGGAUAAAGCCAUUCAAUUGGUGUUACGCCUCGAAAUGAAUGCUCUUAUUCAGAGGACUCGUAGAAUAAAUGGAACAUUAUUAUCGACAAGGCAGAGAGAUGUACGAGUAACCCAUGUAAGAGGUGCAGCAAUAUUGCCGCAUCGUAUUCUAGAAUGCAUUCCCAACACACAAUGGAAUGUUUUUUCAACAGAAGAUAACGUUGCACCAUACGUGGUUACCAAAAUAAAUCCAACAUGUAAUAGUACAUGCAUGAGAUGCGAAUCAUGUAAGAUUUGUUUGCAUACGUACUCAUGCAGUUGUAUAGAUUAUUUGAUACGAUCAAAUAUUUGCAAACACAUCCAUGCAUGUGUAAAGGUUUUCCCGAGUGAUACUGGUUAUAGGCGUGAACUUUUAGAAAAAGAUAUGUUACAAAAAUCUCAGGACUUCAAAAAUCCAGAGAAUUUUCAAACAAGUACAAAAGACGAUGAAGAGGCUUGUUAUGCCAUUAUAAAACAAGCAGGCCAAGAGAUCAUGAAUUUGAUACAGGAUAAACAGUUUGGUAGCAAGUGUUAUACUACGCAUUAUACUAGUAGCAAGGCAAAUACUAGCAUACCACAAUAA